AUGACGGACAGUGAGUAUGAAUAUGAUUCCUAUGGGGGAUCUGAUGUCGAGGGAUAUGAUUCUUAUGCGAGCUGCAGCACUUCUGAUGAUUCCUCUGGGAUAUCUGAUGUCGAGGGAUAUGAUUCUUAUGCGAGCUGCAGCACUUCUGAUGAUUCCUCUGGGAUAUCUGAUGGUGGUGAUGAUUACUACGUGAGCUCUGAUGGUGAAGAUGAUUCCUACGGAAGCUCUGAUGGUGAAGAUGAUUCCUACGGAAGCUCUGAUGGUGAAGAUGAUUCAUAUGGGGGAUCCGCUAGUGGAUAUGAUGCUUAUGAUGGGACAGACGGUGAAAGUGACUCUUACAAUGGAUCAGAUGGUGAAAGUGGCUCUUACAAGGGUUCAGAUGGUGAGAGUGACUCGUAUAAGGAGUCAAAUGUUGAGAGUGAUUCUUACAAGGGAUCAAAUGUUGGAGAAAUUGCCUUCAUAACUUCAGCAAUGGAGAAGGGAUUAAGUUUCAAUGGUGGGAAUUCAAAGACUUGGAGAGGGCAGCAGUCUGAUAACUACCAGUGGGCUUCAAGGGGUAGUAUUGUGGACAAUCAGACUGGUUCUUAUAGGCGAGCAACACUUAAAGAAAGCCUUUCAACUGGGGAUGUGUUCAAGGAGAGGUCCACCGGAAGGGUUGGUUACAAGGAUGAGAUGAGAAGAACCUCCACUUUCAGAGCUGGUGACAAGGGUGGCUAUUCUGAGUACCAAAGGGAAGAAAGGUUUCGUAAGGUUGAUUACAGUGGCAGCAACUAA